GGGAGGGAAGUGACGCUUUUCAACAUUUUUCUGUCAUAACCGUGCAAAUAUAUGUGAAAUAUAACAGACGUGCAGUGCUGUGAGUGCGGUUUCAAGUGAAGUGAAAGUGUGUGCAUAUACUUUUUAUGGAGUUUGCGAUUCGGUGUGGAUUUUCUCAUGGUGUUGAAACACAUAAUGCUGGCCAACUUUUUUGAAGGAAGGGUGACUUGAGCAUCAUGAAGGUUGGGCGAAGCUUGGUUUUCAAGCUUGUAGUCAUCCACAUCACCUGCAUCCUUCUUCCAGCCUUCACCUGUCCAUCUGGCUGCAAUUGCAAGUGGAGAGAUGGGAAACAGCUGGUGGAAUGUCUAAGAAAAGGAUUUAAAGCUAUACCUGAUUCGCUAGAUCCACAAACUCAGAUAUUGGAAUUUGCAGGGAAUGACCUUCAGGUGUUGCAGAAGGAAAUCUUUCGCAAAGUUAAUCUACUUGAUCUACAAAAGGUUUAUCUUCAAAACUGCAAAUUGCAUAAGAUCGAUAAUAACGCAUUUAAAGGUCUGUCUAAUUUGGUUGAACUUGACUUGUCAAAUAACUAUUUGACAGUCAUCCCGUGCACAAAUUUUGAAUAUUCUCAUAAUCUGAUGAAGCUCAUAAUGAACAACAACCUCUUAACAAACAUAAAAUCACACUGCUUUGAGCCAUUAUCAUUCUUAACUAAUUUGGAAUUAAACGAAUGUAAAAUUGAGUCAAUCGAACGGGAUGCCUUUUCAGGUCUAACACAUUUACAAUGGCUAAGACUAAGUGGAAAUAAAUUGUCCAAUAUUCAAGGAGAUAAUUUAUUUCCCAGCAGUUUAAAACUGAUUGAGUUGCAAAAUAAUGCUUGGAACUGUAACUGUCAUUUAAGAGAUUUGUAUGCUUGGUUAUUGAAUUUUGAUCACGCUCAUGAAGUUGAACCAGUUUGCUCACAUCCAGAACGACUAAGAAACCACACAAUAACAAGUGUAUAUGAACGUGACUUAGCUUGCUUGCCCAAAGUAACUCCUAUAUCUAUGCAAAUUGAAAUGCUCAUUGGCAGUAACGUAACCCUUGAAUGUUCAGUCAAAGCAAUACCAGAGGCGAAAAUAUUAUGGCUAUAUCAAGGUCAUGUUAUACCGAAUUAUACGAACACAGCGCUCGAAUCACGAAAUGGUAUAUACUUUUUAGAGAAUGGAGUAACAGAUAAAAAAAGUGAACUGUAUAUAAUGAAUUUAGGAAUUGAUGACAAUGGGACUUAUUCGUGUGUAGCAGAAAAUUCAGCUGGGAAAGUGUGGGCCAAUUACUCACUUAAAGUCAUUGUCAAAGAGGAACCAGUAGUAGUUGUAGUUUCGUUUCCUCAAAGGCACUUAGUAGUAAUAGUUACAAUAGUGUUUCUAAUUAUAGUUUUAUUGAUAGCUAUAAUAGCUGUAAUUUUACUUAAAUCUAAACCAGAUACAACCCGAAGUCGAAAAAAGAAGGAAAGUGGCAAAGAAGUUGCAUUAUGUAACCAAAUUUUAUCACCAAGUCGAAGCAACGGUACUUUACCAAAAAGCGACGGAAGUCCCAUUGAGGCUCAAUCACAUCGCGUGCAUUAUGGAGUACAUUCACAUCGUGAAUAUGAAGUUAAUGAUAUGUAUCAAUGCCACAAUAUAAAAAACUAUGUCGAAAGAAACCCUGAUCUAAUUAACGACGCAGAAAUUUGCACUGAACAAGAAAAUACAGCGUUAUCGUUAUACAAAACUCAUGUUACAAACGCCGACGGAUUCCAGCAAGAAACCACAUUUAUAACACCGUUGCCUCGUCAAGUCACAUGGAAAGAUCAACAACCAAAUAUGAUCUAUGGUCAUUUUCCGCAUAAUCCGGUAAACAAUAUUUACCAACACUCCGCAGAUGUACAUUUAAACCCUGGGUAUUUCUUAGACAAUGAUGGGUAUCCACAUGAUUAUGGCCUACCAAAACAUCAAUUUCGUCCAUCGAUUAUUCCUAAUUACUCAACAGUAGGAGCAUUUCAAACUUUGCCUCAUAAUAAAGCAAAAGUUCAAAACAUGGUGUCAAAGUUUGCGAAUGACAAUGAAUUUAAUACGACAUCACCAGUUCGACCAAAUUUUGAAGGAUACAGAUCGACAAAUGUGCGUCGCACAUUAGACGGUUAUCCGGUUUCGCGCAACCGACAAAUUACCGUAGUGAAUAAUGGCUCGAUGCUUUUAAAUGAAGAAUUUGUCCCGUCCCCACCUGAAGGUUACAAAAUGGAGUCAUGCCACGCUGCUCCCAUAGAAACAAAUUCCACGAGUGAUAAAAAAGGUACAGUUUCAUUGAUGGUUAGCGUACCACAACCAAUCGGAAUGAAUUACCAAAUUGAAACCCGGUGCGUAGAUGUAGAUACUCAAACUAAUGUUAACGUAUGUACUGAGAGUUGUCACGCCGUGAACUGUGCUGAGAAUGCUCUGAAAACAAUGCCUCAAAUUUUAAAUGCCAAAUGUGCAGCAGAUAUUUGUUCAGAAAGUCCUGACGAGGGUUAUGUCGAUGCCAACGACAUCUGACGACGUCGUCAUGUAUCUUGCGUUAAACGUAAAACAAGUGAUAAAGCGACUGAGUAAUAUGUAAGAAUUAGAAAUGAAUAUGAAUGAAGCAUAUUUGGUAUGAAUACAUUGUCUGAUGCUACAUUGGUUUUUGUUUAUUUUCACAUGGACAAAAAAAAUCAUAAAAUAUGCUUUAUUCACUGAAAUAAUUAAAUUUGAUGAAUUUAAUAUGAUGCGUGUUAUAUAAAUAUCAAAAUUCAGUACAUUUGAAACGACUUAUUUAUCUAGUCAGGUAACCGAAAAACGUAUUGCAAAUAGUGAUGGUUUAAUUUAAUAUCUCUUUUGAUCCAUAGUUAUUUAUUUUUUGUUUGUAAUAUCUUUGUUAUACAAAGAAUACAUACACAAGAACGUAUAUACAAUGACGGACUUAUCCCAUGAAACGAUCUCUUCCAGUCGACCAGUGAUAGUUUGAGAGGAUAUAUUUUCUUGAGAUACCUACUUAAUUAAUUAUUUUGUUAUAAACAUAAUAUAGAUAGCUACUCGACAAAAUACUGCAAAUUAACAAAAAUUAGCAUUUUCACACUAAUCUGCAUAGAACUCUAUGCAACGACGAUAGCUGCGAAUUUGCAAACAUUUUGGAUAACUCGAUGUGCUGUUGAUUGUAUAUCUAUUUCCGGCAGUUUGUCCCGUGGCUCGUCUACUAUUUACAUUUAAAACUUUUCACAACAAAAAUAUUGAUCGUGGGAUGGUUGGGCUAACUAUAGAUGGGUAUACUACCUCUGAAAUUAUCACUCGAGCAAAUUGUAUUUAUAAAAUAGUUACGUAUUUAGUAUUAAGUUGGCAGACAGUCAGAAAAUAACAAUUGCACGAAGAUUUAUAAAAGAUACAGUAGUAUUUUUUUUUAAUCAUGAACAUCAAAUGAUCAAAGGUGGAAAAGUUAUGAAGCAAUCUGGAAGACCAUUGUCCAGUCAGUAAGCUCGUAAUAAUGGCUGUCGACUUUUAUAACAAUACUAAUAAUAUAAUUGAGCAAUUUGUUACGCUUUCACGACUAUUCCGCUGAUCCGAUUUUGAUAAAAUUUGAUAUGAAGAUGCAAUAGAUUAACUGCAAUAUGAGGUGAAAGUUUGUAGUUACAGAAAAAAAAUCAACGUAAUAACUCAUUUAAAAAAACUUUAUAAUUAUGUUUUAAAAGCAUUUUUUAAAAUUAAAUUUUACUACUUUUUACGAGCCUUUUCUGAGAAAUAUAUUUUUAAAGCCAACAAAUUUCUCAUUUAUAAGCAAACUCAUUGACAGCAAAUAAGACUUCAUAAUUAAAAUUGAUGAAUUUUAAGUUCGUCUAUAAGUCUAUAUGCACGGGCUUAAUAGAUAGUGUGAUUUAGCAGAAAAAAAUUAAGUGUCUAAUUUAUUAUGUUUUUCCGAGCGAAGUCGGGACAUACCCGUCGAUGCCGAAAUUCCAAAGUCUCCAAUCGUUAUCACCAAAUGGGAUACUGUCAUGUUUACACAAAUUUGUAAAAUGGCUGAAGUUGAUGUACUUACAUAUAUUGAUAAUGGUUAUUUUACUAAAUAACCAAAACUGUUUAGCGCUCUGGUGAGCUACCAUGAAACAUAAAACACGUAGCACGUCGUUGCGUCCACACGUUCUCUCUCUUUAAACGAUGCGUACACGAUAGGAGAAAAGGAGACAGCAUGUGGACGUUAGUAACAACUAUGUGUAACGCUACGUUGUUUGCAUUGUUUCGUGAUAGGCCUUCAAUUCCAAGCGAUUUAAAUAUUUUAUUAUUUAAUUUAUUUACAAUUUAACUUUUUUUUAUCUGGCUUAAUGAAAUUGUGAAUAUUAUGUAAAUAUUAGAAUAUAAUUAUUUUCCCGAAAGGAAUUAAGUAGUAAUUAAUGAGUAACGUAAAUCGAUAUCAGGGUACCUACUUCCCUUUUUGUUUUUAAGCGUUUCAAUAAAUAUAUUCUUGAGUUUUAGAAUUAAAACAACGUAUUUUUUUUAAUACACAGGUAGUUGUAUUAAGAUUUGUUAUUUAUUUUUGGUAUCAUUAAUAGAUUAUAUUAUAUAAUAAGUAAUAUCAAAUAGUGCCAUGAUUGAAUAGUUUAACUCAGAAAUGCGUGUCACGUGCAAUUUUAGAGUUCCAAAGGUAUCUCAUUUAACACAUGUAUUUACUUCCAAACGAAUAUGUCAAAGUAUGUUAGUUACUUGAACAUUUUUCUUUUUUAAAUCGAUAAUUCAGAAAGAAUAUGUUUGUUUGAAACGCUCAUAUUGGGAAUUUACACAUAAUGAUUUUAAAAUUUUGUAUUUUAAUGCCCGUAAAUAAAGUUUUUUACAUUAUAAUAAGAAUUUUUGAAUUCGAGAUGUAAAACAUCUAUUGGAUUUAUAUUAUUUAUUAACUUCUGUGUUUUAUUCCCUGUCUUCAUACAAUAAAAAUAUUUACACAUCAAAUGGUUACAUAGUCACGAUAUUUGAUGUUAAAAUAUAAGUCAACUGAGGGGCUACCGUGAAACAUAAAAUACGAAGUACGUCAAUGCGUCUACACGCUAUCUUUUUUACACGAUGCGUACUCGCAUAUGGGAAAAAGAGACAGCAUAUAUAGACGUUAGUAACGUACUACGUGUUUGUAUGUUUCGUGGUAAGCCUUCUGUGUAUUCAGACAGUGUUACACGAGUUACGUAUAUGUACAGUGUAAUAGAAUUGGAAUUAUUUGUUUCAAUAAAUAUAACAUACAUUUGUACUUUUGUAGUAUAGGCAGAGAAAUGAACACAUUUUCAAAAAUAUAACGAUCAAUGAUAAUUUUUCUGACUGCUUUAUUAAAACCGACUGUAUUGUAAUAUGAAAACAUGUUUUAAUGAAUCUACAUUUUGUCAUUGUUUAAUAAUAGAAAUAAAUGUCUUUGAUCAAAGUUUACAAUAAAUAUUCUUUGUCGAAAUAAAACUUUACGCACGUUUUUUAUGACGGGGAAUUUUGUCAU